GGUGUAGUAGGCUAUUCUGAAUUAUUUCUGAACAGAGAGCAGUAAUUAUAUAACUUUGGCAAAUGUAUUUACAUUUAUCAGUGGUGAUGCAGUUCCCUCAGAAACCUUCUCGCGAUUCUAUUAGGAAAUAAAUGACGAAGUGCAACGCUGGAGAGAUGAGAGUUGCAGGCUGAUAUCUAUCAGAGCAGAGAGAGGGAGAGAGAUCAUAGAAAGUGGAUCUCAUUUUUGUUUUGCGAGAUAUACUGGCGCGCUUCUCACACAGCCAAGGGUUGGCCUCACACAUAAGUUACAAUGUUGCUCAAACCAAAUAGGCUCCGGAACAAAACAGUCCAAAACGGAGAAGAUCCGGCUCAAAUUAAGCACUGAUGACGAGCCUUCAGAUGGUGAUGGUGGGGAGAUUUUUAGUCUUCGGCAACUGUUGCUGUACCACAGCAAGUGAGCGAAUGAGGGGACGUGAACAUUUCCAACUGUCUUUAGUACUGGCUGGGGGAAUGACGAUCUGCUGGCUCGUCUUCUCAUACUGUGCAUCCGUGUCUCUCACCCAGGUGAAUCGCCAGGUUGUGCUGAAUCACAGAUUACAGCGUAAGCAAGCCAAACUGAUGGAACCUGUGAGGACUGAUGUGCUGACUGUAACCCCGUGGCUGGCUCCUAUAGUCUGGGAAGGGACUUUUGACCCCCAGGUCAUAGACGAGGCCUUUAUGUCCCAAAACCUCACCAUCGCUACCACUGUGUUCGCUGUAGGGAGAUACACUCGUUUUCUCCGGGACUUCUUAGAGUCAGCUGAGAAGCACUUCAUGGUGGGGCUGGACGUGCAUUACUACGUGUUCACCGACCUGCCCGGCGACGUGCCCAACAACGUGACUCUGGGUGUCGGCAGACUGCUCAGCAUUGUGAGGGUGCCGAAGUUCGACCGUUGGCAGGAGAUAUCCCUCCGCCGCAUGGAGCUCAUCCAGACUGCCAUUAAGGAUCACAUCCACCGGGGGGCGAACUACAUAUUCUGCCUGGACGUAGACAUGAGGUUCCACGGCCGUGUGGGUCCCGAAGCUCUGGGGAGACUGGUGGCCGCCAUCCACCCCUGGUUCUACAUGUACCCCCGGAGCCAGUUCCCCUAUGAGCGGAGGACCGUCUCCACAGCCUACAUACCCUUGGACCAGGGAGACUUCUACUACCAGGCCAACAUAUUCGGAGGAGCGUUGGAAGAUGUUCACCGGCUGACCAAGACGUGCAGGGAGCACCUGGAGGUUGAUAAGUCAGUGGGCGUGGAGGCUGUGUGGCAGGAAGAGAGUCACCUGAAUUGGUACCUGUUGAGGAACAAGCCCACCAAGCUCCUGUCACCGGAGUAUGUUUGGGACGACGCUAAAGGACGGGAUGCCAAGGAGAUAAAACUGGUCCGCUUCUCCUCUGUCAUUAAGGACAAGGCAGAGGAAGUAAUUUCAGAUGGGAAACGUGUGAUAUCCUGGAGAGAAGGUUUCAGUUAAUGCAUUAACACACUAAAUCUACUCAUCAAGCCCUUUUGAUUAGUGGAAUUAGGUGUGUAAGGACAGGUUGCCCUAGCACUAUACAGCUGAUUCAAAUGAUCAAAGCUUGACGAGUUGAUUAUUUGAAUCAGCUGUGUAGCCCUAGGGACAAACAACAAAAUGUGCACCCUUUGAGGUACCCAGGACUGAGUUUGGCGAAUCGUUGGGGAAUCUGCUUUUAACUUAAAAAAUUAAGUUGACCAAGCUACUAAUUGCUUCACACUGGAAGAAGUAAAGCCACAUUAAUUCUACCCUUUUUAAUAAAAAAUAGAGUUUACCUAACUAAAGCCACUUGGGUACAUCAGUACAUCCAAAUUACUUCAUGAUAAAUUAUCAUAUCCAAAUCUGAAAUGUCAUCGACUAAAAUUGCAGGAACGGAUCA